AUGAUGUCCGGCGAAGCAUGGCUGUACCUGUUGUCGGUGUUGAUCAACGCCGUCAACCUCUUCCUCCAGGUCUUCUUCACGAUUAUGUACAGUGAUCUCGAAUGCGAUUACAUCAACCCAAUCGACCUCUGCAACCGCCUGAACGCCUACAUCAUCCCUGAAGCCGCCGUCCACGCUUUCCUGACCUUCCUCUUUGUGAUCAACGGGUACUGGCUCGCUAUCGUGUUGAACCUUCCUCUCGUGUUGUUCAACGCCAAGAAGAUCUACGAGAACCAGCACCUUUUGGAUGCGACCGAGAUUUUCCGCAAGUUGAACGUUCACAAGAAGGAAUCGUUCAUCAAACUCGGCUUCCACCUCCUCAUGUUCUUCUUCUACCUCUACAGCAUGAUUGUUGCCUUGAUCCGCGAUGAGGGCCACUGA